AUGGAACAUAAUGAAGCUUCCAUGCCAGUGAAGAAAGCAAAACCUGCAGGCCAUACCCGGAAAAGGCGACCGCUCAAGGCUAAGCUGUAUACUGAAUUGGUGGAGACACUAACUAUCAUGGCAGCAGGAGGAGGAGAAGAUAAAAAGAUCAGCAAAGGACAUGGAAGCAAAAGCUCCUCCACAACCA